GCUGGCUGGAGCUGGGAGGAGGUGGGGGACUCCUGGCUGCCCUCCUUGCGCCGCAUUUCUGUCGUGACCUUGAGUUACUGCGUUGUGGAGAAUCGCUGACGAGAGUGACUGGAAGGAAGACGGCAGUCUGCUGAGCAGUUGCAAACACACGGUCAUACAGAGGAGCUGGGCGUGUGCGCAGUACUGCGACAGGACCUUAGUCCUUGCGUUAGAAUGCCAAAGGCACAAAUCACGGUUUUGUCUGGGACAAAACUGCUGAAAGUGAGUUACAACUUAGAAAUGGAGGCUGAAGAAUUAAGUGGCAGACAAUUGACAAUUGAUUCCAUAAUGAACAAAGUGAGAGAUAUUAAAAAUAAGAUAAACGAAGACCUUACUGAUGAGCUGAACUUGAAUAAAGUCUGUGCUGAUCCUACAGAAACUGUUAACCAAAUUAUGAUGGUGGCGAACACUCCAGAGAACUGGUUGAAUUUCUUGCUGAAACUAGAGAAGAACAGCGUCCCCCUAAAUGAUGCUCUUUUAAAUAAGUUGAUUGGUCGCUACAGUCAAGCGAUUGAAGCACUUCCUUCAGAUAAAUAUGGCCAGAAUGAGAGCUUUGCUCGAAUCCAAGUCAGACUUGCUGAAUUAAAAGCUAUUCAAGAGCCUGAUGAUGCUCAUGACUACUUUCAAAUGGCCAGAGAAAACUGCAAGAAGUUUGCUUUUGUGCAUGUAUCUUUUGCGCAGUUUGAAGUCUCUCAAGGCAAUCUUAAAAAAGGCGAACAGCUUCUUAAUAAAGCUGUGGAAAGUGGAGCGGUGCCGCUGCAGAUGCUGGAGAUUGCCAGACGCAACUUACACCUCCAGAAAAAGCAGCUGCUUUCAGAGGAGGACAAGAAGACUUUAUCAGCAUCCACAGUACUUACUGCCCAAGAAUCAUUCUCCAGUUCACUUGGGAAUUUACAGACUAGGCACACUAGUUGUGAUUCCAGAGGACAGCCUGCUACAGCCAGGAUUUUAUAUGGAGAGAACAUGCCUCCACAAGAUGCAGAAAUAAGUCAACGAAAUCCUUUAAAACAAAGUAACAAAACUAAACGUUCGUGUCUCUUUGGAAGAGUCCCGGUUAACCUUCUCAAUAGCCCCGAUUACCACGACAAGACAGACGGUUCGGCUGGGCCAAGUUUUACAAAAAGAAAGCUAUCUGGAUCAGAAUACCGAGAUUCAAUUACAACUGGAUCCAAACCAAGUGGAAAUGAUUCCUGUGAAUUGAGAGCUUUAAAGCCCAUUCAAGCUGUCCAUUUCAAAGACUCUCUGGUGUCCAAUGAAAAAAGUUCUGAGCUUAUUUCUGAUUUAGUAACCUUGAAGAGUAAAACAGAAUCAAAUCUUCUAACAAAAUUGGAGGAAAAUAAGGUGCAUCAAGAACCAGAAAUUGCAGAAAGAAAGCACAAACCGUGGCAGUCCACAAGAAAGUCAGAGUGUGUGAGCCAGAACCAAUGGCACAUUCCGGAUGUAACCCCAAAGACUCUUAAAGAGCAGAAGUGUGCCACUGUUGAACAACUUGCCUUAUCAGUUUCAAAGCAGUCACCUCCAAUGUCAGUUUCUAAACGGAUUGAUCCAAAGUCUGUUUGUGAGACGCCUAGUAGCAGUUCCUUGGAUGAUUACAUGAGCUGUUUUAAGACUCCAGUUGUAAAGAAUGCCUUUCCACCUGCUUGCCCAUCAUCGACACCUUACAGCCAGCUUGCCUCCCUCCAGCAGCAGCAGCAGCAGCAGCAGCAGCAGCAGCAGCAGCAGCAAGUACUCAGUACUCCUCUUCAAACCUUACAGCUUUCAGGAUCCUCGUCAAUAAAUGAAUGCAUUUCCGUUAAAGGAAGAAUUUAUUCCAUAUUGAAACAGAUAGGCAGUGGAGGUUCGAGUAAGGUAUUUCAGGUAUUGAAUGAAAAGAAGCAGAUAUAUGCUAUCAAAUAUGUGAACCUAGAAGACGCAGAUAACCAGACUAUUGACAGCUACCGGAAUGAGAUCGCGUAUUUGAACAAACUACAGCAACACAGUGAUAAGAUCAUCCGACUCUAUGAUUAUGAAAUCACAGAGCAGUACAUCUACAUGGUAAUGGAAUGCGGAAACAUUGACCUGAAUAGUUGGCUUAAAAAGAAAAAAUCUGUCAAUCCAUGGGAACGCAAGAGCUACUGGAAAAACAUGUUGGAGGCAGUACAUACAAUCCAUCAGCAUGGCAUUGUUCAUAGUGAUCUGAAGCCUGCUAACUUUCUAAUAGUUGAUGGAAUGCUAAAGCUAAUUGAUUUUGGGAUUGCAAACCAAAUGCAGCCAGAUACGACAAGCAUUGUUAAAGAUUCUCAGGUUGGCACAGUUAAUUACAUGCCUCCAGAAGCAAUCAGAGACAUGUCUUCUUCAAGAGAGAAUGGGAAAGUCAAGACCAAGAUAAGCCCCAGAAGUGAUGUUUGGUCCUUGGGGUGCAUUUUGUACUAUAUGACUUAUGGGAAAACACCAUUUCAGCAUAUUAUUAAUCAGAUCUCUAAACUACAUGCCAUAAUUGACCCUAGUCAUGAAAUUGAAUUUCCUGAUAUUCCAGAAAAAGAUCUUCAAGAUGUGCUAAAGUGCUGUUUAGUAAGGGACCCUAAACAGAGAAUAUCCAUCCCUGAGCUGCUCGCACAUCCGUAUGUUCAAAUUCAACCCCAUCCAGGCAGCCAAAUGGCUAGAGAAACCACUGAUGAAAUGAAAUAUGUUCUGGGUCAACUUGUUGGUCUGAAUUCUCCUAACUCCAUUUUGAAAGCUGCCAAAACUCUAUAUGAGCGCUAUAAUUGUGAAAGUCAAGAUUCUUCCUCAUCCAAGACUUUUGACAAAAAGGGAGAAAGAAAGUGAUGGACAGUUACUCACAAACCAAAACACUAACUCUGUCGUCUGCUGUAUUGAAUCUCUGUGGAAACAACUUUAAGAAACAACCUUGCCUGAGUUUCAUCAGUGAAAAACGUCAGUACAUUAUCCGCAAAAGAAAACUGUAAAGUUAACCACUAAUGGCACUGUAUAUAUUAAAUUAUAGAGUUGUGAUUUGUUUUAUGCUUUUCUGUAAAUCUAAUCUGUCCGGUAACAUUUCACACUUGGAGCAGUGGGGGGACACUGGACUGUUGAAGAUCUCUGUAAAUAAGAGAAUGUCUUAUUCUGAAGACCUAUGUAAAUAAAGCUUAUCAGCAUGAGAGUCACCACA